AUGACUGUAUUUUAUGAAUUUGGAACUAUACUUAUCACUGUCUUAGUAUUCAGCACAAUUAUUCAAACUGUUUCAGGCAGUGGUCUGUUUGAUGAUGAUGUAACAACCACACCACCUAAAAAAACAACUACAGAAAUGAAUUCAGCAAAUUCUUUAAGCUUAUCCUGGUUGGCGAUUACUUUAAGCGCUCUAAUAGCUGUUGGAAUAUUGAACACCCAUGUCAAAGGAAUCAAAUUAUAG